CUUUUUUGACGAUAAAUAAAUUACAUAAAUCAAAUAUAAAAGAUUUCCGAAGAUUAACAUGUUACCAAGGUGUCUUGUUGUGUUUCUUUGUAUUGGUAAACAAAAUUUUAAACACUGUAGAAGAAGAUUGUUUGCUUACUCCGUUAUGAGUAGAAAAGUGGUCAAAGUAUCACCGAGCGACAUAAAAAGUGGGAAAGCUUCCAUUCAGAUAAUAUCUCCAUUGGGUGCAAGUUGUAUUGGACAUUGCUCAUCAUCAUUAAAUGAGGAUUUCCCUGUAAAACUGACAACUGAACAAUUAAAAGCUAAGCUGACUCCUGAACAAUAUGCUGUCACGCAAAAGUCAGGAACAGAACGAGCAUUUACAGGUAAAUACUGGGAUAAUCACAGAAAAGGAAUUUAUAAAUGUGUUGUUUGCGAUGAAAAUUUGUUUAACUCUGAUACUAAAUUUGAUAGUGGAACAGGCUGGCCUUCUUUUUAUGAUGUAUUAGAAAAAGGAAAAGUAAAAUUAAUUACUGAUAACACUAUGUUUAUGACAAGAGUUGAAGUUUUAUGUGCUCAGUGUGGUGCACAUUUGGGUCAUGUAUUUGACGAUGGGCCUGCUCCCACUGGAAAGCGUUAUUGUAUGAACUCUGCUUCACUUAAUUUUCAAGAAAAUAAAGAACUCUAAGAAGCUUGGCUAUGUCUGCUGAAAUUUUUGUAUAAAAGUAUUUUAAUUAUAAAAUAAUUUUUUAAAAUUA